AUGAUUACUGAAGCCCUAGAACAAAAACAAUACUGCACCGCCAUAUUUCUGGAUAUAGAGAAAGCUUUUGAUAAAGUUUGGGAUGAAGAGGACAGAACAUACUAUGUCAAAAUUCAGGAUAGUACCUCUGAUAUCUACAAAAUCAAGGGUGGCGUUCCUCAAGGCAGUUUAAUGGGGCCCACACUUUACACCCUUUAUACAGCUGAUAUCCCCACUACAACAGAUACCACAUUACUCACAUUUGCUGACGACACAGCCAUAUUAACUACACACGAUGACCCCAAAAAUACCUUCUAA